CCUGCCCCGUAAGCGGACGCGGCCGCGGGGCCCAGGAUCCGACGCAGGGGGAGAUGGAGGCCGGCGGCGCGGCCGACUCGCUCCUCUCCGGAGCCUGCGUGCUCUUCACCCUCGCCAUGUACUCCACCGGCCUCUCGGACCUCAGGCAAAUGCGGACGACCCGGAGCGUGGACAGUGUCCAGUUCCUGCCCUUUCUCACCACCGACAUCAACAACCUGAGCUGGAUGAGUUACGGGGCCUUGAAGGGUGACGGAACCCUAAUCUUCGUCAACGCCACGGGCGCCGUGCUUCAGACCGCGUAUAUCUUGGUGUACCUGCACUACUGCCCUCGGAAGCGACCGGUGCUCCUCCAGACUGCGACCCUGCUGGGGGUCCUUCUCCUGGGUUUUGGAUACUUUGGGCUCCUGGUGCCCAACCUGGAGGCCCGGCUCCGGCAGCUUGGCCUUUUCUGCAGCAUCUUCACCAUCAGCAUGUACCUCUCACCACUGGCUGACUUGGCCAAGAUCAUUCAGACAAGAUCAACCCAGCGUCUCUCCUUCCCACUCACCAUUGCUACCCUCCUCACCUCCGCCUCCUGGACCCUCUAUGGGUUUCGGCUAGGCGAUCCCUACAUCAUGGUGCCCAACCUACCAGGGGUCCUCACCAGCGUCAUUCGCCUCUGGCUUUUCUGGAAGUAUUCCCGGGAGCAGGACAGGAGCCACCCGCUCUUGCAGACCUGAGGGAGUUCACCCGACCCCUGGGCACCUUAAGGCCAACCUGCUACCAAAG